GGUCUCUAGGGACUUCGAACCAACGGUCAACAAACCAAACAGUAACACUCAACAAACCAAUCCUACUCAUUCUCAUUCUCAACUUAAACUAUCAACAAACCAUCCAUCCAUCAUCAUGCCAUCAGCAGCAAACGAUACACUAGCCAAAGCCGAUCGAAAAUUAACUUCUUCAACUUCAUCUUUUUUCGGUUUCGGAGGUACAUCAACCUCAAAGUUAGAAGAAGCCAGAGAAUUAUAUCAAUCAGCUGCAAACCAAUUCAAAUUAGAAAAAAAAUGGAAAGAAUCAGGUGAUGCGUUUUGUAAAUCGGCUGAAUGUAGUUUAAAAUUAGGUGAAAAGGAUGAUGCUUCAAAUGAGUUUUGGUCAGCUUCUAAAUCUUAUAACAAAUCGAACCCUGAACUUAGUAUUGGUUGUUUAAGACAUACAGUGGAAAUCUUAAUUGAAAAAGGUAGAUUCAGACAAGCUGCUGAUCGUCAAAAAGAUAUUGCAAGAAUCUUUCAACAAGAUUCAGGUGAUUUACAAGGAGCUUUAGAUGCAUUCUUACAAGCAGGUGAAUGGUAUUCACAAGAAGAUGCUCAUGCGACUGCUAAUGGUUGUUUUAAAGAUGCGGCUGAUAUUGCAGCUCAAUUAGAACAAUAUUCAAUUGCUAUUGAAAACUUUGAAUUAGUGGCUCGUAAUUCUUUAUCAAGUCCAUUAACAAGAUAUAGUGUAAAAGAAUACCUUUUCAAAGCAGCUCUUUGUCAUCUUUGUACAGGAGAUAUUGUUAGUUCGAAACGUGCAUUAGAGAAUUAUGGAGAAUUAGAUCCGAACUUUACUCAACAAAGAGAAUAUAAAUUUUUAUGUUCGAUUAUGGAUUCAAUCGAAUCAGGGGAUCAAGAAUCUUAUACGAAUCAUGUUGCUGAAUUUGAUUCAAUGUUGAAAUUAGAUGCUUGGAAAACUACUAUCUUACUUAAAAUUAAAAGAUCAAUUCAAGAAGAACCUGGAUUACUUUGAUGAAAAAAUAUUCAACGUUUUUUUGGUUUUGGUUUUUUGGUUUGGGACGUUUAGGGUAUCAUAACCAAAUCAGUCGUACUUCAAAUCUCUUUCAAUUCAUCGAUCUAUGUAAUUGUAGAUUUACUGUUUUUUUUUCUCUUCGAAUCAAAUCUUUUUCUUUUCCUCUAUGAAGUACGAAUUGAUGAAUGUUUUAUGAAAAUGUGAUAUGAUUUUGAUACCUGUGAAUUGAUAGUGAUGAUUUGUAUGUUGGUCAAAGUAUUGGUUAAAGAUUGGAAACCUAUGAAACUCUUGUGGGCCUUGAAUGUAACUUUGGAAAAUGAUGAAAGUUUCCAGUUG